CGCCAACAGUGCGAUUCAUUUGUUUACUUUGCUGUUGAGCGCUAGCUGGAUAAUGUAGGAACCAGCAGGAGAAGAGGGGAGUUUGGCAGGCUAGUUUACCUCUUCCUCAUAUGGCAACAUCUUCGGUCAAAUGUCCGUUUGUGUGGCUGCUGCUGGGGCUCUGCGUCCGGCUGUCCGAGACCGGAAACACUCGCGUCUCCACGGGCGCCGACGUCCUGCAGCCGUACGGCCACGGCCACGGCCCGUCCCUUUCUCACCGCCACGUCAGAGACUGUCAGUCCGUCGUCCAUGGCAACAGCACCUACGAGAGCCACCCCUCCAGCCGUGAGGACGGGCUGCCGGUGGCCGAGUCCACGGUGUUUGUGUCCGACGUGCCGGGGAGCUCCAGGGUGGUUUACGGCCACAUCACGGCGGUGCGCGACCCUCUGAGGACGGUGUCGGUGUUGGAGCCGGGCGGGCCGGGCGGCUGCGGGAUGAAGCAGAGGGCCUCGGUGGAGGAGACGGCCGACGCCGCCGGGUGUCUCUACGCCCAGAACGCCGGCUUCUUCGGCACCUCAACGGGCCGUUGUCUGGGCAACGUGGUGAGCGACGGCAGGCUGGUGCAGGACAGCGGAGGGCUGCAGAACGCACAGUUCGGCAUCAGGAAGGACGGCACCCUGGUGUUCGGGUAAGAC